CUUUCUUUAGUUUUUGUUGUUUUUGUAUUCAUGCUGAAUGAAGUUUGAAGUUAUUUAGUUUUUGACAUCAUUUUUUCCUUUCAAAAUGUCUGAAGAAUUAACUUUAAAUGAACAUCAUGGAGAAAUGAUUGGAAGCUAUCUUCGUUUUGCUAAGUUUCGAAGAGGUCGUCAUUUAAGAAUUGUUGAGCAAACUUUUGAAGAGACAAAAUUAUCAAGACUAAUGGAAGGAACUUUUACUGCUGAAGAAGUGCGAGAUAUUUUAGAUGAACUGUGUGCCUUAUUGAAAGGAGAUUUAGAAAUGGAACUCAUCAAUACAGCUCAUACAGCAGCUCUUCUGCUUUGCCAAAUGUGCUGUCAAGCUCAACAGUGGCACCUGAAAUUGAAUGCAGAUGUGUCAGAAUUAGAAAACAGGGACAUGCUGGAAAAAGUUAACAAAUUUGAAGAAAGAUUACUCAAUAACAAUUUAGAAAAAAAUCCAAUGGAUUCUCCACUAAAACUGAAUAAAUUACAACCUCUUGCUGAAAACAGUGGUGCCAGUAAAUUGCUGCAAAUGGAAAUUGAUAGGCUCAAAGAAGAUAACAACAAAUUGUCUGACAAAUUGAAAGAAAUGGAGAAGCAAACAGUUGAAAUCCUGGAAAAAAAGUCUUUACUAGCUGAAAGCUUGGCGCAAGCUCAGAAAGAUUUGCAGGAGUGGAAGGAAAAAAAGGCUGACAUUGUGGAAAUGGAUUUAAAGCAUUUAGAAACUGAAAUGCUUCAAGUUAAGAAAGAAUUGGAAACGACAGUGUGUGAAAGUGCUUUUACUCAACAACAUUUAGAAUGUGAUCUUGUUCAAACUAAGGAGAGAUUGUUAGAAGUACAAUCUCAGUUACAAUUAGCUGAGAAGGAAUUAGAAUUGAAGUUUAGUCAAACAGGGGCAUUUAAAAAUAUGAAGCAGAUGCUAUCGUCAAAAAAUGAGCAGAUAAAAUCCCUAAGACAACGCCUUCAGAAGUAUGAAGAAAGUGACCAGGAUAACUGAAUUAGAAAUGAUAAUGCUUGACAGUGAAGAUACACAAACAGCACCUAUUUUUUGACACAUAUCAAAUAUCUAGUCCAUACAAAUUCUUAAAAUAUAUAAUUGUUAUAUUUCUUAGUGAGAUUUUUUUUUUUUUUUGCAUCUUUUACAUUGCACAAAAUGUAGAAAACUAUUUUGAUUGCAAAAUAUGUAUUUAAUAUAUAUCAAUAAAUUAUAUAUAUCUAUUAAAAAUGA